AGUCAAUCGAAUAUAUAUCGAUUUCUUUCUCUCUUAUUGCGUGCAGGGCAUACAAGAACAAGCCAACAAAUUUAAACAACAUUUUCGGCGGGCUGUUUUGUAUGUGAUUGAUCGUCUGUUUAAUUGUGCUUAAGGUCUUUGUUAACAUUUGUAAGAAAAUACAAAUUUUUUUGAAGAAAAUUUGUGAAUUGAAUUUAAAAUCGAUUUUGAGACUAAAAUAAAACAGACUUAUGCGAAUAUAAAAACCAGAAAAGUUUGAAAAGAACGUAACCAUUAUUUUGGUAGAGCAAAGAAAUAACUACAAAGCUAUCCUUUUUUGAGCUGUCAGAAGGCGAAGAAUUGCUUUUUUUUUUUUUGCAAACUCCUAACCUAACGAACGUAAAAGCCAAAAGCGCACUGGUGAACAUGAGCAAGGAUAUUUAUUAUUCAGACAAAUAUUAUGAUGAGAAAUACGAAUACAGACAUGUCGUUCUACCCAAGGAGUUGGUAAAGCUAGUGCCAAAAACUCAUCUGAUGUCUGAGGCGGAAUGGCGUUCCAUAGGGGUACAACAAUCGCGUGGUUGGAUUCAUUACAUGAUACACAAGCCGGAACCUCACAUAUUACUAUUUCGACGUCCUAUACAACAACAAUAAACGCAGUAUCUUUAAUAUCAAAAAUAUUAUGUUCUGAAUUGUAAAUAGCCGUUGGUAGAUCAGGAGAAGUGCAAAAAAGAACUCCUUUUCAUUCAUCAAAGCAAGACAAGGCAAAUGUAGGUUGGAGAGAACAUUCUUUUUUUUUUUUUUUUUGUUUCUUUUUUUUAUAUAAUCAGCAGCGAACAGUUGAUUGAGUAAGCUACAUUAAGGGAUUUGUAUUCCAGUUUAUAUGUAGUUUGUUUCAUUUUUUUCAAUUUUGUACGGUAUUUUAUAUAUAUAUUAUUGUAUUAUAGAAAAUGAUUAUUUUUUGGGAUCAUAUUUCGAUUUGCGGUUGUGCUUGUUAAUGCAUUUAUUCAAUUUUCUCUCCUUAAAUGAUUUGCAUCUCAUGUUAUUAAUGAUCCUUGCAUUCUGCCAAUUAUAUAGUUUAGUCCUUCUGUGUUUUUCCAUGGCUCACUGUAUGUUGGUGCUAAUGGACAAUUACCUUAUUGCCUAUAUCUUUUUUAAGUAUAUUUUAU